AUGGACAAUUCAGCCUUGGCCAAUGUCUUCGCGACAUUCGGAGCAGUUUGCUGGUCCAUACAACUUAUUCCCCAGAUUGUCAUCAAUUGGAGGCGCCACAAUGCAACCGGUCUCCAGCCAACGAUGAUGAUGUUCUGGGCAUGGGCCGGCGUACCUCUGGGAGUCUACAACAUUGUAUCAGGAUUCAGCAUUGCGCUUCGGAUCCAGCCUCAAAUUCUUACCGUCUUGAGUCUCAUAACUUGGAUUCAGUGCUACUACUACGAGAAAGCUUGGUCUGUUCCCCGCUCUCUUGUUGUUGUUCUCCCCCUCGCGAUCAUGAUGGCUGGUAUCGAACUUGCUCUGGUGCUAGCCCUCAGGAUCGCUACCAGUAGGGGAGUACAUUGGCCAGUCAUAUUGAUGGCAGCGUUGUCGGCGCUAUUUCUGGCUCUGGGCGUGCUAAGGCACUACUGGGAUAUCUAUGUCCACCGAACUGUUCGAGGCAUCUCUUUCCUUUUCGUCGGACUUGAUGCCUUGGGCGACUUGACCUCGAUCAUCUCACUUCUCUUCCAGCCUCGGCUCGACAUUGCCGGUCUUACAAUUUACUCGGUCGAAUUUGCUCUUUGGCUCGGCAUCUUUGCGUGUGGAGGAUACUACAAUCUCUUGCCCUGGCUUAAGCGGCAGUACAUCUCGCAUCGACGUCGCGAGACAGCUUCCGCCCCGGAGAUUGUUGUCCAGCGUGGCAAUGCUAUAGCAAUGCACGUUGGUACAUCUUCAACCUCUGUCUUUCGGACUGCUUCAGCGGACAACGAGUUACGAAGCCGAGUAAACGUUAACGGUAGACAAACCAGCUCAGAGGAGUGUUCUGGAGCUGUGGACGUCAGCUAG